AUGCAUAGUGUGCUUGUUGUGGACGUUAGUGACGACGAUUUUAUUGUUUCCUUUGUCGAUCUCAUGAGAAUUGGUUGUAAGCUUACACUUGGACCAAAUAAUUGCUGGCAACGGGAACAAGGGGGCACGCUGCCCUGGGUCAGUCGCGACAACUCUCUCAUGGGUCCCUGGACUGACCUGAAGGCUGGGGUUGGAUUAGCGCAGUCAUAUACCGUCAAGGUCGGGCGCGUGCCUUCCAUAGACCAGGAAUGGGGGUUUUCCAGCGAGUUGGGUGCUAGCCAAGACGAGUCGCGGUACUACGUACCUGUUACUUCAGUCUUGAUGGAUACCAGCAACCUCUGGGCCCGCCGCACAAACCCCGGCAAGCUUUCCCUCGCAACACCGGGCCAAGGGUCCAGUGGUGACACUUUCAGUCGCAAUGCCUCUUUCUCCAAGCGUCAAGGCGGCGAAACCCCAUCAUCGAUGAAACCGAAUCCUUUCAACACCACACCUGGAGGUCUCGUAUCCCCCACCAGUGGCGCUUCCAGCGCCUUUGGCCUAGGCUCUGGAGCGUUCGCCUCGUUUGGGUCGGCUAAAACCCCUAAGACGGCGGGCAAUCCUUUCGAUAUGGCCAUGGCCUCGGCGACUCCCAAGAAGGACUCUGCCAAGGCUGUUGGAAAAGCUUCUGGCAUGGCCGCGAUUUCCGAGAGCAACCAGUCUGGAGCCCCCACGGCCCCUCUUUCACAUCCGUUGAUAGACUCGUGGACCUUCUGGUACCGACCCCCGAUUUCAAAGGCACACGGCUACAUCGAGUACGAGAAAACACUACAUGAAAUCGCUACUGUGCGAACAGCGGAGGAGUUCUGGGAGAUGUAUGCUUACCUAAAGCGCCCCUCCGUACUUCCCGUUGUCUCGGACUUUCAUCUGUUCAAGAAGGGUGUCCGCCCAAUAUGGGAGGAUGAUAUCAACAAGAAGGGCGGGAAAUGGGUGGUGCGAAUGAAGAAGGGCGUGUCCGACCGAUACUGGGAAGACCUCCUGCUCAACCUCAUUGGCGACCAAUUCGGCGAGGCUGGUGAGGAUGUCUGCGGCGCUGUGUUGAGUGUGCGCAAUGGCGAGGACAUUCUCAGUAUCUGGACACGAACCGAUGGUGGUCGAGUCAUUAAAAUUCGCGAGACCAUGAAGCAUGUCCUCAACUUCCCACCCAACACUCGUGUUGAAUUCAAGAGCCACGACUCCAGUAUUCAGCAACGGACAGCCAUAGAAGAGUCACGCCGCGAAAAGGCUGGUCAACUCCAUCACCACGACAAGCGUCACGCUGGUGGAGCUUCGAAGCAGGCAGCUGAGCAGUCUCAAUCAUAG